UACCAAAUAUACCAAGAAUUAAAAUAUGCAAGAAAUUUUAUAAAAGCAGAAAAAAUUGAAGAUUACACUACAACACAGAAAGCAAUAGAAGAUACAAUAAACGCAAAACUUCAAGAACUUCUUGAAAGGCCAAAUUUAAUCUCAGAAGAGAUAUGA